AUGCUUGUCCAACAUUUCCUAAGAGGUUUGAACAAUCGUAUCAGUGGAGGUGUGAGGGUAUUCAAGCCAGCUUCAAUGGAGAUAGUCGUGGCAAAGGCCAAAUUAGUUGAGCUGAACCUUAUUCAUGCACUUGGUGGUCAGACAGGCUAUUAUCGGAGGUUUGUUCAGGAUUUCUCUAGGAUUGCACAUGAUCCUAUCACUUCUCUUCAGAGGAAAGGGAAGAAGUUUAUUUGGUUAGAGUUAUGUGAGACAACUUUUUGGAUUUUGAAGGAGUGUUUGACCAGUGCACCUAUCUUAGCAGUUAUAGAUCCUUUGGGUGACGUUGUGGUUUGCACAGAUGCAUCUUUGGAGGGCCUUGGAGCAGUUCUCAUGCAGGAUGAAUGUGUGAUUUCUUGUGAGUCAUGUAAACUCAAAGAUCAUGAGUUGAACUAA